AUGAAGUGUUUACUGGCAAUUCUUGUGUUUGUUUUUUUCUCCUUAUAUGUUGAAGAAGUCUAUUCCAAAGAGAAAUCUUCAAAGAAAGGGAAAGGGAAAAAGAAGCAAUAUCUCUGCCCUUCACAGCAAUCUGCUGAAGAUCUUGCAAGGGUACCUGUUAAUUCCACCAGCAACAUCUUAAAUAGACUUCUGGUUAGCUACGAUCCCAGAAUAAGACCAAAUUUCAAAGGAAUUCCAGUUGAUGUAGCAGUUAAUAUUUUCAUUAACAGUUUUGGAUCGAUUCAAGAGACAACUAUGGAUUAUAGAGUUAACAUCUUCCUAAGACAAAAGUGGAAUGACCCUCGACUUAAACUGCCCACUGACUGGAAAGGGUCUGAAUCAUUAACGGUAGAUCCCACAAUGUUUAAGUGUCUGUGGAAGCCAGAUUUAUUCUUUGCAAAUGAAAAGAAUGCCAACUUCCAUGAUGUCACUCAAGAAAAUAUUCUUCUGUUUAUAUUCCGUGAUGGAGAUGUCCUGGUUAGCAUGAGAUUAUCUGUUACUCUCUCUUGCCCGUUGGACUUAACUUUGUUUCCUAUGGACACACAACGCUGUAAGAUGCAGUUGGAGAGCUUUGGCUACACUACUGAUGAUUUACGAUUUAUUUGGCAAUCUGGUGAUCCUGUUCAACUAGAAAAAAUUGCGUUGCCUCAAUUUGACAUUAAGAAAGAAGAUAUUGAAUAUGGCAAUUGUACCAAAUACUACAAAGGGACUGGUUAUUACACAUGUGUAGAAGUGAUCUUCACUUUAAGAAGACAAGUUGGCUUUUACAUGAUGGGUGUUUAUGCCCCAACAUUGCUUAUUGUUGUACUUUCGUGGUUGUCAUUUUGGAUCAAUCCUGAUGCAAGUGCUGCAAGAGUGCCUCUGGGUAUCUUCUCCGUGCUCAGUUUGGCAUCCGAAUGUACAACCCUUGCCGCUGAACUCCCCAAAGUGUCUUAUGUGAAGGCCUUAGAUGUAUGGUUGAUUGCAUGCCUUCUCUUUGGGUUUGCUUCACUGGUUGAGUACGCCGUGGUUCAAGUCAUGCUGAACAAUCCAAAGCGAAUUGAGGCUGAAAAAGCAAAAAUCGCUAAGGCAGAGCAAGCAGAAGGGAAAGGUGGCAAUGCAGCUAAAAAGAAUACUGUGAAUGGCACAGGCACCCCGGUGCACAUUAGCACCUUACAGGUAGGGGAGACCCGAUGCAAAAAGGUUUGCACUUCGAAAUCUGACCUGAGAUCCAACGAUUUCAGCAUUGUUGGAAGCUUGCCGAGAGAUUUUGAACUGUCCAACUAUGACUGUUAUGGAAAGCCCAUAGAAGUCAACAGCGGGCUUGGGAAAUCUCAGGCAAAGAACAAUAAGAAACCUCCUCCUCCUAAGCCUGUCAUCCCAUCAGCAGCAAAGCGGAUCGAUCUUUAUGCAAGGGCAUUGUUUCCAUUUUGCUUCCUGUUCUUCAAUGUCAUAUACUGGUCUGUGUAUUUAUGA